GCCAGUAUGCACACCUGUGUCUGCUACCAUUUUCCCCAUUGUUGAGAUAAACCUGUUCCAGGUAGCUCAGGAAGGCCUGCUGUUUUUACAUUCAUGACCUGGGAAGCUUGAGGAAGAGAUGACCCCUAUUCAUUCCUCUGCUUCUGCUAGUGGCCUUUUUCCUUAUGUAUUCUAUCCAUGAAAAAGAUGAUGUCCUAGAGCCCAGCAUGGUAGCACACACUUUUCACCUCAUCAGUCUGUGAGUUCAAGGAUAGCCUGGUUUACACAGUGACUCCCAGGCCAAUCAGGGUUACACAGUAAGACCCCCUGCCUUUUGGGGGUUGGGGGAAGAAAAGAAAAAGAAAAUGCCCCUCUUUAAAUUUGUCUUUUACCAGCCUAGGAGGCAGAGCUGGGAUUUGGGAAGCUUGAGUGCUUGAGUCUCUGAGCUGGUUCCUGAAAUGUGUUCUCUGUCAGAUCUGGGCAGGUGCUUUGGGCACAGCUGGGGCCUGAGAAUGCGGCCUCCAAUCUAUUUGUCAUCAGACUCCACAUGCAGCACAUCAAGGGCCUUUCUCCCAGUUGCUUCUUGCCAGUCAUGCUCAGGAUGAUGAAAGAUCAACCUUGGGGGCAGUGUGUCCAAGGGAAGGCGUCACUGAUGCCUUUUGGGAGGCUGAGGUCCUCCAUUACCCUAGAGCAACCACUAGAUGAUGAAGGCUGCUGCUGUUUCCUGUGAUAAAAUUCAGUUUCCUUCUAGUUCUUCCUGAUGUUGCCCCUGGGGACUGUUAUAAAGCAGUGCUGCAAGGUGUCUUGGACCUGGAAAAUUGAACAUAGGAAUUGCCUGAGGCCAUUGGGAGUCAGUCAGCCUGCUCUAUGGGCUUCCCACCCCCCUUCCUAUCCCCUGUGGGCUAGAAAGACCUGUCCAAGCAGGGAUUUGGACUACAUCUCCCAGCGUGCCUGGCAGAGUAGUGGCCUCUAUGUGCCGGACUGCACCAGUUGUGGGUAACAAUGCAGCGGACAGUGAGUGUGGUGGCUCCUCUGUGUUUUCGCCUGCAGGCACAACCCUUGGUUCAAAGCCGACAACUCAGUUGUGUACAGCCUGGCUGUCCACAGGACGUGCUCCGCAGGACUCCACUCUAUGACUUCCACCUGGCCCAUGGAGGAAAAAUGGUGGCGUUUGCAGGGUGGAGUCUGCCUGUGCAAUACCGGGACAGUCAUGUUGAUUCACACCUGCAUACACGCCGCCACUGCUCGCUCUUUGAUGUGUCCCACAUGCUGCAGACCAAGAUAUUUGGUCAUGACCGAGUGAAGCUGAUGGAAAGUAUAGUGGUUGGAGACAUUGCAGAACUAAAGCCUAACCAGGGAAUACUGUCACUGUUUACUAACGAGGCUGGAGGCAUCUUAGAUGACUUGAUUGUGACCAAUACUUCUGAGGGGCACCUGUAUGUAGUGUCUAACGCUGGCUGCUGGGACAAGGACUUGGCUCUCAUGCAGGACAAGGUCAAGGAGUUCCAGAACAAGGGCAGUGAUGUCGGCCUGGAGGUGGUAGAUAAUGCCCUGCUAGCUCUGCAAGGACCCACUGCAGCGCAAGUGUUACAGGCUGGUGUGACAGAUGAUUUGAGGAAAAUGCCCUUCAUGACUAGUGCUGUAAUGGAGGUGUUUGGUGUGUCUGGCUGUCGUGUGACCCGCUGUGGCUACACAGGAGAAGAUGGUGUAGAGAUCUCAGUGCCAGCAAUAGCGGCAGUCCACUUGGCUACUGCUCUGCUGAAAAACCCAGAGGUGAAGUUGGCAGGACUAGCAGCCAGAGAUAGCCUGCGCUUGGAGGCAGGCCUUUGUCUGUACGGGAAUGACAUUGAUGAACAUACCACACCUGUGGAGGGCAGUCUCAGCUGGACACUGGGGAAGCGCCGCCGAACUGCUAUGGACUUCCCAGGAGCCAAAAUCAUUGUUCCCCAGCUAAAGGGUGAGGUGCAGAAGAGACGUGUGGGGUUGGUAUGUGAAGGGGCCCCGGUGAGAGCACACAGUCCUAUCCUGAGCACAGAAGGCACUGUGAUUGGCGCUGUGACCAGUGGCUGCCCUUCACCCAGUUUGAAGAAGAAUGUGGCCAUGGGUUAUGUGCCAUUCAAGUAUAGUCGGCCAGGGACACAGCUGCUGGUGGAGGUUCGGCGGAAGCAGCAAAUGACGGUGGUUAGCAAAAUGCCCUUCGUGCCCACAAACUACUACACUCUCAAGUGAAGAUGUCCCGUGGAAAAGCCCUUCCCUCCAGGAAUCUUGUCCUAGGUGGCCUUCCAUAGUGCUUAAUCAGAGUAGUGAAGCACAACUCACAGGGGUUUGUUGUGGUCUGGUUAGGGUAGGGAGAACAUCCCAGAACAUCCCAUCUAUUCUUCCCAGUCAAGCCAGCCUAACUUUAGGUUUUUUUUUUUUUGUUGUUGUUGUUGUUUGUUUUUCGAGAUAGGGUUUCCCUGUGUAGCUUUGGAGCCUGUCCUUGAACUAGUAGACCAGGCUGGCCUCAAACUCACAGAGAUCAGCCUGCCUCUGCCUCCCGAGUGCUGGGAUUAAAGGGCUCAAUUUUAAAUGACAAAUCACCUUACUUAAUGUCCUAUUUUAGUACACAAUGCCACUAACCUUAUUCUGCCAGAUGCUGGCUAUAGAAAAAUUGUCUGCCUUUGUGUGGAAGAUAACACCUGCCCAACCUACCUCACCAUGGUUUCUCUAAUUUCAAAGGGCUAUUACUGUGGGAAGUGUGAGCUUAGGUACCUUCUCCACUUUGCUUCCCAUGAAUGUAUACUCUGCCUUUCCUUGGAUAAAGAUGACUCCUGACUCAGUGUCGGCUGAGUUGUUCCUUUGUGCAAAUGUAGGGAUGGCUAAGCAAACACAGACUCACCCUUCCACAUUCCCUAGUCAACUUAACCUGCUGUGCAACAGCAUGACAUGGCAAGCUUGGUACUUGUGCUUACCUUAGCUCUUGUUGUGAAUAACUGUACUUCACUAACUCUUGAAAAAAAUUAAAGUUUCCUUCUGGGGCUGAAGAGCUGCUCAGUAGUUAAAAGCACUGGCUGCUCUUCCAGAGGACCAAGGUUCAAUUUCCAGCACCCACAUGGCAAAAUCCAACUCAAAGUAACUUGACACCCUUAUAAAGACAUAAAUGCAGGCAAAACAACAAUGCACAUAAAAUAAAAAAAUCUUAACGUUUCCUUC